AUGGGGUUCCUCGGCAUUCUUGAAGACACGAAACUCCCGCAUGUCCCGGGAACAGUCAUCCUCAACGAAGAGGCUGCCCAAUCCGAGAACCUCACUUCCGGCCUGAAGCAAGGCACGAGAAAAGAUACCAAGAAAUUCAUCAACAUCUUCAUCAUCAGGCUUGGCGCAAUCCUCAACGCGGCAACCAUGGGCCCAUUGCUUGCUGGCAUGUUCGACAUCUCUCAGGAGUUCAACGUCCCCAUCGGCAACAUCACCUUGAUAUCGGGCUACCAGCUCCUCCUCGUCGCCACUUCAGGCCCCAUCGUCUCUGCCUGCUCGCGGAAAUGGGGCAAGCGUCUUUGCUUCAUCAUCUCGACAGCGUUUGCCAUCCUUGAGCUGCAUCUACCUGCAUCCACCAAAUCUGCCGCUAUCAGGACUACCUCCAUCAAGACCACCUCCAUCAGGACCACCUAUAUCAAGCCACCUUCAUCAGGACCACAUCAGCGGGGGGCACAUCUGCAAACCCAUCGAUCCGAUACAGGGAGACGGCACCAGGGCCACGUCCACCAGGGCCACGUCCACCAGGGCCACGUCCACCAGGGCCACGCCCACCAGGGCCACGCCCACCAGGACCACUUUCAUCAGGGCUGCCUCAUAGAGGCCAGUUAA